AUGGGGGCCACGAAGAGCCCCCAGGGGCCACUAGGUCUGGAUGGCAAGCCCGGACUUCCAGGCCCCAAAGGGGAAAAGGGUGCACCCGGAGACCUUGGCCCUCGGGGAGACCAAGGGCGAGAUGGAGCUGCUGGGCCUCCGGGGCCCCCUGGACCCCCUGGGGCCCGGGGCCCUCCUGGAGACACAGGGAAAGAUGGCCCCAGGGGAGCACAAGGCCCGGCGGGUCCCAAAGGAGAGACUGGACGGGACGGCGAGAUGGGCCUGCAGGGACCCCCAGGGCCCAAGGGUGAGCCCGGCAUUCCUGGAAAGAAGGCCUCUCUCUCCCCCACUGAGCAGGGACCCCGCCUGCCUGGCCCACAGACGGUGCUCACGGUGCUCACAAGUUAUGUGUUGACUGAAGGAACGAAUCCCCUCCCCUCCACCUACCCACCCCUUCCUUCGACCAUGGAGACCGCCCAGCCUGCCUCCAAAAUAUCUCCAGAGCCCCUGAGGGGCCCUAACUAUACGCCAAGACCCAGACCAGAGAAGGGCGAGCCAGGGAACGUGGGGCCUCGAGGAGAAAAUGGUGUGGACGGCGCCCCAGGGCCAAAGGGAGAGCCUGGCCCGCGAGGCGCCGAUGGAGUGUCAGGACUGCGGGGUCCCCAGGGCCUCAAGGGCGAGCAAGGAGAUACAGUGGUGAUUGACUACGAUGGCAGGAUCCUGGAUGCCCUUAAGGGUCCUCCCGGGCCACAGGGGCCCCCAGGCCCACCUGGGAUCCCCGGAGCCAAGGGCGAGCUGGGAUUGCCUGGUGCCCCGGGAAUCGAUGGAGAGAAGGGUCCCAAAGGAGCCAAAGGAGACCCGGGAGAGGCUGGGCCGGCCGGACCCAAAGGGGAGGCGGGCGAGAUGGGCCUGUCGGGCCUCCCGGGCACCGAUGGUCACAAGGGCGAAAAGGGAGAGUCGGCAUCUGACAGCCUACGGGAGAGCCUGGCCCAGAUCAUAGUGGCGCCGGGGCCCCCCGGCCCCCCUGGUCCCCCAGGCCCCAUGGGCCUUCAGGGAAUCCAGGGUCCCAAGGGCUUGGAUGGAGUAAAGGGAGAGAAGGGUGUGUUGGGUGAGAGAGGCCCCAGCGGCCUGCCUGGGCCAGCUGGCCCACCAGGCCUUAUCGGGCUGCCAGGAACCAAAGGAGAGAAGGGAAGACCUGGGGAGCCAGGACUAGAUGGGUUCCCUGGGCCCCGAGGAGAGAAAGGUGACCGGAGCGAACGUGGAGAGAAGGGGGAGCGAGGCGUCCCGGGCCGGAAAGGCGUGAAGGGCCAGAAGGGUGAGCCAGGACCGCCGGGCCUGGACCAGCCAUGUCCUGUGGGCCCCGAUGGGCUGCCCGUGCCCGGCUGCUGGCAUAAGUGACCCCCCGCACCCAGCUCACAACCUGUACAGAUGCG